AUGGACCGGACCACCUCCCUCGCACCCGCAAAACAAUCCCUCCCCCGCCCGUCAUCCGUUGCCUCCACCACCACCACAUCCACCAACAAAACCCGGCAGUACGCCCACCUGCACGCCCAGCUGGCGCAGCUGAACGCGCACCUCGCCGACACGGAGAACCUGCUGCGGAUGACGGCCGUGCAAGCCCAGGACAUGCGGUUCCUGGGCGGCUACGUUGGCGCGCUGUUCAUGGGCAGCGCCAAAGUCCUGGGUGAGGAGAGCGUGCAGGGCGCCAGUAGGGGAGGGGGAAAACAGGGGGAGGAGCCCAAGGAGUCGUGA